GAUAAUAGCGCGAGCGUACAUUUAUAUUACUAACAUUAGUUGCAAAAACAUGCUGGAUCCCUGGUUUUAUUAUUGGUUCUUUUUUACUUGGUGGUCCGUUAGGUAAUUGAACUGCCAGCUGGAUUAUGUUUUGCAGCGCUGCUUGCUGGCCAAAAUUAAGUUAAUUAAUCUUUCCCGGGAUUUAAGAUCCAGCGAUAUUUCAUCGGACCAGUUUGUAAAACGAAGUAAAAUCGUCGUUUGAAUCAUUCUGAUGCCCAGCUAACUAGACUACAGCUAGUCAGCCGGGGCUUGCUGCGCUCAAGCCGGGCGAAGAUUGACGCUGCACGGUGUCACCCAACUGAAGAGGAUCGAGGUUAUUAGGCGACAAUGCUUGAAAUAAUGUCCGAACACCAAGAUUCAUUACUGAAAUGCAAAGCAGAGACUCUGCCAUCAGAGAGAAGAAAGAGGACAGUGGAGGACUUCAACAAGUUUUGCAGUUUUGUUCUUGCAUAUGCUGGUUACAUCCCUUCUCCAAAGGAGGAAAGGCCAUGGUCACCAGCAUCCUCCAGUUCUCCAAACAGCUCUGGUGCGUCAGGUGAAGACAGCGUUUUAGGUGGAGCGAGUUCAAACAUGGCUUCCAACUGGAGUCACGGCACGUCGGACUUGCACACCAUCCAUACCUUUGUUCGCAAGGCUCGUGCCAAUAAGAGCAACAAGAGCAUGAGGCGGCUGUCAUCUGACAGCACCCUGAUGGGUAAAAUGUGUUUAAAAGACCCUUUCUAUGAGGGCCAGGUGGCCAGCAAAGCUGAGUGCAAAAAGGACAAGAAGCUGAAGCGUCUUUCUCUAAGUUCAGGCGCUGGCGACGGCAGCAGCGGUGGCGAGAAGCGUGCAAGGAUCAAGCGUAGUAAAAACCCCAAACAGUCCAAAGCCCUUAAGAAGCUUAAGAGCUCGACCCACAGCGAGACAGACUCAGAGAAUGGUCUCGGACCUGGAGAGGAGCAUUUGGACCAGGGAGCAGCGGCUGAGCGCAGACUACAGGCCCAGGUGAAAGAAGAGAAGGAGGAAGCCACCAGAGAGGCGGAUAUGAGUUCCAGUGAAGGCGAGACUUGGAUUGCGGAUGAAGACAUAAUGGUAGAGUCAGUCUCUCUGGUAUCAGGAAAGCACAAAGCUCGUCCAUCAAGAAGUAGACAACCAGAAUAAGUAGCAAACACCUGGAG